AUGUGCCGCAGCUCAGAAAAGCCCUGCAAAAGCUCCAUUACAUCCUUGGACGAGCCUAGCAGCAAUUGGCAGCGCAUUCAUAUCGAUUAUGCCGGUCCUUUUCAAGGGUAUCAUUUUCUAGUCGUCGUUGAUGCGAAAUCAAAAUGGAUGGAGAUUGGCUGUCAGAGAAAUGCACCCUCUUCCGAAUCAACUAUCAAAAUGCUGAAUCAAAUUUUUGCUCGAACUGGAUUCCCUGAAAUAAUUGUUUCGGACAACGCUACUAUCUUCACCAGCGAAACAUUUUCAAACUAUUAUAAAAAUCGAAGUAUUUCUCAGAAACUCAUCGCUCCUGGUCAUCCUGCUACCAAUGGGCUAGCAGAAAGAAACAUUCAAACUCUGAAGAAACGGUUAUCUUCAGCAGACAACUUGCAGCCAAUGAACGAGAAAUUACAACAAAUUCUAAUGCGCUAUCAAGCAAUGCUGUUGAAAAAUGGAAAAUCUCCAGCUGAGUUAUACCUGACUAGACGCAAUUUUUCCAGUUAA